UUUCGGUCGUCCUUUUCUUGGCAUUUCGGUGUGAUUUGAACGAGAGACUGAGCUGGGGUGGUGGGGAGGUUGAAUUGGUGCCGAGCCGUGGCGGCCAAGGGCGGCCUCGAGCGGGGUGAGCCCCUCGGCCACUCGGCUUGUCAAGCGUGGGAUCGCUCUCCGGCUGCCAGUCCUGAGCACGUUGCAGAGACCGAGGGAGCAGGGCAGCAAACCAGUGUUUCCUAUCAGAACGACAGCGCAGAGAUCCCGGGCCUCACUGCAGAUUCCGAGCUACUGACUUUAAAUUGACCACGGUAUAAAUGAUGAAGCAGUCCGUCAGUAUUUUGCGUUUUACUUAGAAUGUUGAACUUUGUCUGGUUUGGGAGUAUAUCUGAUGCUAAUCAGUCAGUACAGUGACCGGGAUAUUUGAAGUAAUCUGCAAAAUUAAAAACACAUCUGUUAUUUUCUAUUCAUUGCAGUCAUGGCUCUAAAAGGACAAGAAGAUUAUAUUUAUCUUUUCAAGGAUUCAGCACAUCCAGUGGAUUUUCUGGAUGCAUUCAGGACAUUUUAUUUGGAUGGAUUAUUUACUGAUAUUACCCUUCAGUGUCCUUCAGGCAUAAUUUUCCAUUGUCACCGAGCUGUUUUAGCUGCUUGCAGCAAUUAUUUUAAGGCAAUGUUCACAGCUGACAUGAAAGAAAAAUUUAAAAAUAAAAUUAAACUCUCUGGCAUCCACCACGAUAUUCUUGAAGGCCUUGUAAAUUAUGCGUACACUUCCCAAAUUGAAAUAACGAAAAGAAAUGUUCAAAGCCUUCUUGAGGCAGCAGAUCUGCUACAGUUCCUUUCAGUAAAGAAGGCUUGUGAGCAGUUUUUGGUAAGGAACCUGGAUAUCGAUAAUUGUAUUGGAAUGCACUCCUUUGCAGAAUUUCAUGUGUGUCCAGAACUAGAGAAGGAAUCUCGAAGAAUCCUCUGUUCACGGUUUAAGGAAGUAUGGCAACAAGAAGAAUUUCUGGAAAUCAGCCUUGAAAAGUUUCUCUUCAUCUUGUCCAGAAAGAAUCUCAGUGUUUGGAAGGAAGAAGCUAUUAUAGAGCCAGUUAUUAAGUGGACUGCCCAUGAUGUAGAAAAUCGAAUUGAAUGCCUAUAUAAUCUGCUGAGCUAUGUCAACAUAGAUAUAGAUCCAGUGUAUUUAAAAACAGCAUUAGGCCUUCAAAGAAGCUGCCUGCUGACUGAAAAUAAGAUCCGCUCCCUAAUAUACAAUGCCUUGAAUCCCAUGCAUAAAGAGAUUUCCCAGAGGUCCACAGCCACCAUGUAUAUCAUUGGAGGCUAUUACUGGCACCCUUUAUCAGAGGUUCACAUAUGGGAUCCUUUGACAAAUGUUUGGAUUCAAGGAGCAGAAAUACCAGAUUAUACCAGAGAGAGUUAUGGUGUUACAUGUUUGGGACCCAACAUUUAUGUCACUGGGGGCUACAGGACGGACAACAUAGAAGCUCUUGACACAGUGUGGAUCUAUAACAGUGAAAGUGACGAAUGGACCGAAGGUUUGCCGAUGCUCAAUGCCAGGUAUUACCACUGCGCAGUCACCUUGGGUGGCUGUGUCUAUGCUUUAGGUGGUUACAGGAAAGGGGCUCCAGCGGAAGAGGCUGAGUUCUAUGAUCCAUUAAAAGAGAAAUGGAUUCCUAUUGCAAAUAUGAUUAAAGGAGUGGGAAAUGCUACUGCCUGCGUCUUACAUGAAGUUAUCUAUGUUAUUGGCGGCCACUGUGGCUACAGAGGAAGUUGCACUUACGACAAAGUCCAGAGUUAUAAUUCCGAUAUCAACGAAUGGAGCCUCAUCACCUCUAGUCCACAUCCAGAAUAUGGACUGUGUUCAGUUCCCUUUGAGAAUAAACUCUAUCUAGUUGGUGGACAGACGACAAUCACAGAGUGCUAUGACCCUGAACAAAAUGAAUGGAGAGAGAUUGCUCCCAUGAUGGAAAGGAGGAUGGAGUGCGGCGCCGUCAUCAUGAACGGAUGUAUUUAUGUCACCGGAGGAUACUCCUACUCAAAGGGAACAUAUCUUCAGAGCAUUGAGAAAUAUGAUCCAGAUCUUAACAAAUGGGAGAUAGUGGGUAAUCUUCCAAGUGCCAUGAGGUCUCAUGGAUGUGUUUGUGUGUAUAAUGUAUGACUGAAUCCACAGAAAUGACCACGUAAUCUCUGUUUUAGAUGUGGUAAAAUAAGAAUGCAGGCUUUGGAGUCUCUUACUUGUUAUUGUGGUCGUAUAUAAUAGAGAGUCAGUUUUACUCCCAAACCCAAUAGUUAAUGGUCUAGAAAAAACCUGUAUAUGUGCAGUUGAAUGUGUGAAGCUCUAUCAACUCUGCUUUUCUAAGGUAAUGUGAAAUAUUUGACACUUGUAAAAGGUGAAUUUUUUCCUCCUGGUAGCAUCAACACUGGGUAUAGAUCAAAAUCAUUCUGUGGAAUGAAAUAUUUCUUAAGAGGCUGUAAUGUAACAGAUAUUAAGGUUCCACUUAGCUAGCAGGAAUUUGAAAUUUAAAGAGGGAAUCUUUUCUACCUCUACAAAGUCAACACUUAAAAAUCUUUUUUAUCUUUAGAAUUACUUAGAACUUACCUUGGAUAUAGUAUUGUUGUUUUUUAAGAGAGUGUUUUAUUUUUUAUUUUUUUUUUUUUUUGAUACAGGGUACAUGCA